AUGGCAACGAGCCCGACCGCCCCCGGCUCAUCGGCCGUGCAGGCUCUGCGAGAGUCCUUCGGCGAUCGCAAGCCCAUCGACAUCAGCCGAAAAAUCACAGCGUGCGUUUCCUGUCGGAAGCAGAAGAUCAAAUGUAACAUGGGGGACGGCAAUCCGCCGUGCGUCAGAUGUAAGAAACGAGGGCUGUCAUGUGUCGUCAAUCGGAGUUUGCAGAUGCUUCUCGAGAGCGAUGUAGAAUGGAAAGCCAACAUCGAAGAGAAAUUGCGCAUGCUGGAAGACUCGGUCAAGCAGCUAAGCCAACGAUCUAGCAGCAACCAAGAUGUUCCUCCUUAUCCCCCCCAGGAGACUACCUCUUCGAAUCUCCCCACCAGGCCGGAUGCCAUCAUGGCCACUGAACAGCCUCAUCCGACGGAGCCUGGCUGGGAAGUCGUCAUGGACUUGAACAGAGGGCCGGGAGUGGUACCGGCGUCCUGUGUGUCAGAAGUAGCAGAUGCCUCGCCAGGGAUGACUCGUCAGAACUUGACUGAUAAUCUCGACAUCAUCGACCAAGGCAUCAUAACGCUUGAUGAUGCGGAAUCCUUCUUCCAAUUAUAUGCUCGACGUCUCGAUCAUUUCUUGUACAGGAUUUUGGCAGAGCACGACUCGCUGGCAAGCGUUCGAAGAAGUUCGUCUCUCUUGACCGCUGCAAUAUGUGCCGUGGGAGCCCUCCAUACUCCCUCAAAUUUGUAUCACAUUUGCUAUCAGCAUUUCGUCAAUCUGGCGUCCUCCAAGAUGUUUUCCAAGAAGAACAAUCAUGACGAUGUUCGCGCGUUUUGCAUUGGUGCUUUUUGGAUAAGUGAUAUGUCCUGGACCCUCGUUGGAGUAGGCAAGUCUGCUCGGCUUGCGGGAGAGUUGAACCUCCACCGCUGUAUACCCAAAGCUCCCCACACAAAGCGCGCCUGUUAUCUGCGUACUAGGUUAUACUAUCUCGUCUUUGUUUGCGACCACCAUUUCUCGAUCUGCUACGGGAGGCCGCCUUUGACGAGGGAUUUUGCCUCAAUCACGCCUCCAAGUCAGUUUCUACAGUCUGAAUUUGCGACCGAGGACGAUGCUCGACUUGUCAGUCAGGUGGAAAUCUGGACAAUCAGCACUCGGGUCUUUGAUCAAUUUAGCCUAGAUCCCGAAGCCCAUCUGUCCGAUCAACUCAUCCCACAACUCCGCCGGUUGAGCAUUGCAUUGGAUACCUGGCGGGCUGAUUGGAACGAGCGAUUCCAUUUCAAUGAGUGCGUCGGAAACUACCCGCGGAAGGGCGUAGGUCUGCAUUAUCAUUUUGCGAAGCUAUUCCUCUGCUCGCACGCCUUCAGAAGAGCGCCUGUUGCCGAAGGUGAACAACUCCAACUGGAUCCUGACCUCGAGGAAUUCGCGACAAGUGCAGUACAUUCAGCAAUUUCGAUCCUGCAAGUUAUUGCUGCAGAUCAAGAGAUUCAGUCAUACUUGGAUGGGCUUCCAGCCUACUUUGAUACAAUGAUAGCGUUUGCCUUCGUUUUCCUCCUCAAAAUUACCAUCAGGAACCCCGCCAACCUCCGAGUGGACAAGGCCGGGAUAUCUGAGACCCUGGAUGUUCUGGCGACCGUCUUGAAUAAUAUAACAACUUCAAUGCACCCACGCCAUCUGCUGAGCAGUAUUGCGGCCAGUGCACGGAAGCUGUUGGAUCGGUUUUCUGGCCAGGAAGCUGCUCCGGCUCAUUCUCAGACUGUGCCAGGUCCCCCGACUUCUUUUGACCCAUUCAAUCAGUGGCUUAGUCCCACAGACGCCAUGUUUCUUGAAAAUUACGACUUCCUCUAUUCGCCUGGCGCCGACUUCAACGUUGACCCCGAUCUCGGCCUCGGCUUUGCGCACCAUCAGUAGGUGUGGCAGUGUAUCUCUCACAAAUUGAGGGCCAGGUCAAAAGCAUCGAAGUUCCUCCAUUGCCGAUGCUCAAUUGUAUUCGUGACAGGAAG